GCAGGCAGCGGUAGCAGCGCGGCAGCGGAGCGGCACAGCGCCGCGUCACACCGACACGACUGCUUCAGAGGGAGCCGAGAAACGCUGCGAUUCUCCGCUCUCUUCCCACUGACUAUCCUCCACCGGCGGAGCCGCGAUGCUCUGGAUUAUGUAGGAUUCGACUAUUUUUCGUUUUUCUUUUCUUGUUUUGUACUUUUACCGGAUAGCCUGCAAACUGGAAGCAUCUUGUCGCGCCGUCCAAGCCCAUUCAUCUGUCGCCUGUAGCCUUGAGCCGAGUGGGGAACUUUAGUGGAAUCUACAAGUCACCCGACAUAAAGGACUUUGUCACAUAUUUGGCCUGACAACACUUUCGUCAUGAGCAGACCUGAAGGCCCAACAUCUCUACUCCUGCACUGCCAUUGAUCCAGAGUUCAGCAGCCGGGCUGUAUACACACCUCUGUACUGAAUGAAACUCAUGGCUCACAGUACUGGUGUGCUGUCAUUUUGGUUGAGAAUUAUGAAUUAUCAACUGUGACGUUUUCACAUUGAACAUUACACAUUGGUUGAAAAUAAUUGAUGGUUCCAUUUCCUUUUUUAAUUGGGCACCUUUAACAUCAUACCUGCUACACCUGAUGCAAGACGCUACGCUGAUGAGACCUCCCUGAUUACCCCCAACUGUAGACCCAUUGCACCCCCCACACCCCACCCAGCUGCUCCGCUUAUAGCCCUGGCUCCAGUGAGGUGAGGGACUGUGGGUGGGGGUGCCUCGUCUCGCCACUGUCACUGUCCAUCAGCGUUUACCCCCCCCCCCAAGUCAGCCAGUCAGUGGUGGAGCCGCACAGCUGCUCACUCAGUCAGUCUGUGGAGAAAGUGGACACUUCAGAAUCGGACCAAGUUCCAACAACAGAUUGUCUUUUAGGCGGAGGUUCACCCGAGACGCUGAGAUGACUCGUGACUCUGAACAGAGUAUCUGCCAGGCACGAGCUGCUGUCAUGGUGUACGACGAUGCCAAUAAGAAGUGGGUCCCAGCUGGUGGUUCCACAGGCUUCAGCAGAGUCCACAUCUACCACCACACGGGCAACAACGCCUUCCGCGUAGUGGGACGCAAGAUCCAAGAUCAUCAGGUGGUGAUAAACUGUGCCAUUCCCAAGGGGCUGAAGUACAAUCAGGCCACGCAGACCUUCCACCAGUGGCGAGACGCCCGCCAGGUCUACGGCCUCAACUUUGGCAGCAAGGAAGAUGCCAAUGUAUUUGCCAGUGCCAUGAUGCACGCCCUGGAGGUGUUGAACUCCCAGGACACCGGCCCCACAUUGUCCCGGCAGGGCCCCCAGGUUCAGAAUGGCCCCGCCCCAGACGAGAUGGACCUGCAGAGAAGGCAGCUUCAGGAGUUGCAGAGGCAGAAGGAGAUGGAACGGGAGCAUCAGGAGCUGGAGCGUCAAGAGAAGGAGCGUCAGGAGCGCCUGGAGCGAGAGAUGCUGGAGCACGAGCAACAGGAGCAUGAACGUCAGGAACGUGAAUGUCAGGAGCGGGAGCGUCAGGUGGAGAGGGAGACUCAGGCAGAGAGGGAGCGCCAGGAGCAGCAGGAGCGCAGCGAGCGUGAGCUGAUGGAGAGGGAGAAGGCAGAGAGGGAGCAGCAUGAGCAGUUGGACAGAGAGCAGCAGGACUGGGAGAGAGGGAGACGUAUUUCCAAUGCUGCCUUCGAAAGCACCAUGUACACCCACACACCUCAGGAAUAUAGCAAGAAGUCCUCCACACCCGUAUCCUCAUCCACACCCACCUACCCAGCCCCCGGAACGCGGUCGCCCUCCUCCACCACUCCGCCAACCCCGCCUCUAAGGCAUUCGGCCUCCCGAUUCGCCACCUCCCUCGGUUCUGCCUUCCACCCAGUCCUGCCUCACUACGCCACAGUGCCGAGGCGACAGCAAGCCCCGAUUCCUGCUCCAGCCCCCGCCUCAGCCCCACCCCUUGCCUCAGCCCCACCCCCUGUGGUGUGGUCAGCGUGCAACUUCACUCCAUUGCCCCCCUCCCCCCCUGUCAUGAUAAGCAGCCCCCCAGGGAAGGCUGCAGGCCCGCGGCCGCUCGUCCCCAUCGCAGCACCGCCCCCUCUCAUCCAGAAGCCCCCCUCACCAGCUUCCAACGGCCCGCCCAUGUUCCCCGCACCAUCUCCUGUGACCAUCCCGCACAGCCACACCCCUAUCGGCAUCACCUGCCCCACGCCGCCUCCCCCACCUACCCCACCACCUCUGCCCUCCCCCAUAGCUCCCCCUCCGUCUUCUUCCUUCGUCUUGUCUCCCCCCUCCUCAUCCCAGGCUCCUGGUGUGCCCUCUCCCUCCACAGCAGCCCCUGCUGCAGCUGCCGCCACCUCUGCCUCCGCUGAGCUCUGCUCCCUCCCUGUGAGCCUGGGCCUGUCCAGGCCAGGGGAGCCGGUCACCGCUACAGGCCCAGAGAGCAUCCUGCCUCAGGGGGGCGGCUCCUCCAGUCAGCCCCAGGACGUGAUGCAUACUUCAGGGUUGACCAUCCCCCCACCUCCACCCCUGCCACCCGGAUCCACUGUGACCUCCAGCCCCUACACCCCAGCCGGCCACCCGCCCCCGCCCCCACCCCCUCCACUCCCCCCUACACUGACUCCAGACGGGACUCCCCCUCCUCCUCCAGGUCCUCCUCCUCCUCCCGGAGCCCCACUGCCUCCCCCAGCGCCCCCACUUCCAGUCGGCCUGUUCUCUCCUGCAGAGGAGCGUCCCUUCUCAGGCCUGGCCGCUGCCCUUGCCGGAGCCAAGCUGCGCAAAGUGCCAAGGAGUGACGAUGCAGGCGCAGCUCUGGCAGCAGCCAUGUUGGGGGCUGGAGGGGCCAAAUCUGAAGCCAGAGGCAACGGCCCUCUGCCUGGAGGAGGAGGGCUCAUGGAAGAGAUGAGCGCCCUGUUGGCCAGGAGGAGAAGAAUUGCAGAGAAGGGCUCGUCACCUGAACCCGACCAGAGAUCAGAGGAGGGCGAGAUCAACACGACCCCUAAAGUGUCGGCUUGUAGCACACCAGACAUGCCCAGGAAGCCAUGGGAAAGAACCAACACCUUGAACGGUAGCAAGUCUCCAGUUAUUGGGAGACCAAAGUCCACUCCCACACCUACUGCAUCCUUAAGUGCCAACGGUGUGCCCACAGAGGCUGUGGACUAUGACAGAUUGAAACAGGACAUUCUGGAUGAGAUGAGGAAGGAGCUGUCAAAACUAAAAGAAGAGCUCAUUGAUGCAAUCAGGGAGGAGCUGGGGAAGUCCAGCACGGUGUAGAGGAUCCACACUAUCUCCAUCCGCCCUGACAGACAACCAUGGUCAAUUUAAGACAUGACAAUACAACAGCGGAAAAUUAAAUCAGCAAAACGGUGAUGAUGACAAUAACCCUAUUAAUAGUGAGAGAGACAUAAUGAGGGACAGGGUGGUGGUGGGAGGAGCUGUGACUCUUCUACGAAGCCAUUCCGCCCCACCCCUCCCCCGCUGAGGGGCAUGGCGUCCUGGAGGACAGUGUCUGUCCUAUAAUAACAACAAAACAAAAUUCAGCUCUUCAAAGAUACUGUAUUAACCUUGAGCAUAAGUGAACAGCAAAGUUGAUGCUAAGAAUCAGAACUCUUGUGAUUUACUUUCAAAAAGCACGUUUUAUUAAGAGAGUUUGACAGGAAGAAAGUGGAAAUGGAAAAUAAGAACUUUUUUCCCAUAAUGCCAUAGGGGUAGCGUGUGUGCGUGUGUGUGUGCGUGUGUGUGCGUGUGUGUGCGUAUGUGUGCGUGUGUGUGCGUGUAUGAGGGACUGACAGUCUCUGGUGAAGUCCACCACUGCAGGACACUGUAAAGCUCGUCUUCCUGAGAUACUAUUUUAACCUGAAUAUGUACAAAAGAGAAAAAAGUUAAGUAUAACAAAAGCAUCUAUCAACCAUGUCUAUUUCAGUGUAGAUCUACGGCCAUAUGAAGUAGCUCAAUAAUACCAUAUGUAGACAAGAUGCUCAGUUGUCUGUCUCCUAUGAAGUAAGCUCUGUCUGUCUUUGUUCAUCCUGUGGAGGACACACAGGAUGCUGUCUCUACCAAACUCUCUGUCGACGCUGAUUGGCUAAUACCCGUCAUGCUAGUUGACCAUGGCGAGAUGUGUAGAUAGAGGGGAUUUUUCCUUCCUGUACGUUUUGAUUUUAAGACUGUCAUGUUCGUCAUAUUUACUCUGUUUGGUGCAUGUUUGGUUGUUUUCUUUAUACGGGAGGGUCUGCCACGAAAUUGCAUUACCUGUCGCAAGUUUUAUUACAAGCAAUAAGUGUAGCAUCUGUUUUAAGGCCCCAGUCCUACCACCACCCCACCAAACAUUCUCAUGUCAGUCCUUUUUGACCCUCCUGAGCACCCAUUGGACGUUACUGUGUGACACCACACCAUCUCUAGUCAACUUUAUCGCAGAUAUUCUGUGAAACUGAAGACUGUGAUGACAGAAUAUCAGACAUGAUUUCAUGGAAUAAUCACAAUACUCUCCAUUUUAGUUUAGAUUUCUUUUCUAUCCAAGGACACUGUGUCUCUUAGCCACAUUGAAGCUGAACUGCUUUUUUAUCCUUUAUUAUUAUUAUUAUUAUUAUUAUUAUUAUUAUUAUUAUUAUUAUUGUUAUUUUUACUGGAUUUAUAAAGUAAAACUUUGUAAAGGUGCACGGGACAACCCAGAUGUAUAGAGAUGGUGUCCAUCUGAGGUCAUGAAUGUGCCAUUUACUAUUUCUAGUGCUUACGGAUCACAUUUUUGUUUCAUCUCAUUUUCUUUUCCUUUUUCUCCUGCCUGUCAAAUCCUUAAGACAUGGAGAAGGCUCUUUUCACUUUAUUCUAAAAAUACUUCUGUUUAAUUAAAAGUACAAUCAACCUGAGAGGGAUAUGUUGGCAUCUGAGAGAUAAAUGUCCAAAUACUGUAGCUACUGCUGAGACCACAUGUCAAAGUAACAUGUGGUCUCAUGAUACAUGCAUCAUAUUGAGAACUCACAAGUAAUACAGUGUAUGCUCUCCCCACAGCUCACCCUUAAUGUCACACAUUUCUGACUUAAAGAGGCACUCCACUCACUUAAUAUUGACGUUCCUUAUAGUUGGGAGGCAAAAAAAGAAUGGUCGAAUCAACAAAUAUUCUGACUUUUAGCCGUACAAUUCCCAUACGGCAACUGAACAGGGUCAUGAGACAACCCCAGCCUGACAUCUUUCAGACUCCACGUUCCCAGUUUGUAAGACGAGAUUUCUGUUAAAGAAAGUGUAGUCUCCAAGCCUCGGCCGAGGUACCCCUGGUGACAUCACUCUUGACGUCACCAGGGGUAUUUCCUUAUACUGGGAAGCCUCUGCAGAAACACACACAAGCAGUAAAGUGAUUCCUGUAGUGUAGAGUGAGUGGAGUGCCUUUUAAGUGAGGAUCAGGAGAAGCAGCUUAGGAGUUCUCAUCAUGUCUUGCUGUUCCCCACGAUCAGUGGCUAUCUGUGGCUGUAGGAUCUCAUGCAGUUACUGUGUUCAAGGGCUUGGAUGUUUCCCCUUGUUUCUCUCAUUUGCUCUUUGGAUUGGAUCAAAUGAGUUAGUGUGAUAAUAAAAGGAAAAGGUUAAUUAGGACCAGGUCUGUUUCAUGGUCUAUCUCUCACCUUGUUUCAAUGAAAGGCUCCCUGUACUGAGAGUUUACACACCAUCGAGUGCACUUUAAGAGCGAUCCAACAGAGCCUGUGUCACCAACAGUGUGGCUUUCUCACCAAAGGAUUCAGUCUCCUGCUAAAAAAAAUCACUCUCAACAAAGUCGCCUUUCUUAUUUCUAUAUAAUUUUGUCGAGAGAUCCAACAAACAGAAAGAGUUCUGUCACUAUCUUCAGUCCUUUGGACGUGAUGGCAGAUGAAAGCGGUGUGGUUUGUGCCUUGUUCCGAAGUUGCUUUUAAUAUGUCAAAGAUAUAAAGAUGACUAACAAUAAUAUCUAGGGACUGUCAUUAGGAUCACAUGCAGUUCUUCUUUAGUUUGGCUUUCUUUUUUCUAUCACGGUCGGGAGGAUUUGAUGACCUUGGUACUGUUUCCAAGAUCCAAGAUCCUCUUUGUUUAGUUUUUUACAUACGUGGGAUUUAUGUCCAUGCAGUAGUGAGGCUGCUUUUCUAACAGCCUGCGAGUGGCCUGUGAGGGUUCAGAGAUGAUCUUCGCUCUGAGAAGAGUCCACAUGAGUAUGCCUGCUGUGUUCUGUGAUGACAUUACAUGUCACAGAGACUGUGUGUUUGUUUAAUUUUCUUUACACGCUUGGAAAACCGUUUUGUCCUCUGCAGUGAGGUCUGCUCCAAGUUCAUGUCAGAUUGCUGAUGGAAACAUAUAUCUUCCUGCCGAGGGAACUGAAAGACUUGUGAAUUUACAGGGAUGACUUUGGCUGGUGCAACUUUCAUGGAUGGGUUUCCCGACAUAUUCUUUUAUCAUCUGCAUUGUACCAUACCGUUCUCAUGUCAAUUAGUCUUUUCUUACAUGCUAACAUAUUGUUUUGUUUGAGCAAAUUAAAUAAAAAUUGCAAUACAAGACUA